CUUCAAUCCCGAAUAUGACAUUUCUCUUUUAAAUCUCUCUCUCUCUCUCCUUCAAUUCAAUUAUCUUCUCUUAUAGCGAUCGAUUUGAAUCCCGCCAAGAAUUUUGGUUGGGGUUUUGAAGUCUCCGAUGGAAGAGGGUGGAGGAGUGAGAGCAGGAUGCAUUCGGAUAAGGUGCCCGUCGCCACGGAGAGCCAUGAGUCGGUGGUUUUCCUCGCAGGGGAAGGUCAAAGGAAAGAACAAGUCCAUGUCGGAAAGACGAGUGAGAGACUUUGACUCGGUGAGGAUCAGAAAUUUCUCGGAGGAUGGUCAUGUAGCUAGCGAAAUUUCAGAUUCUCCGCCACGGACGAUCCAUUCCGAACCGCAAAGAAGAGAAUUUUUGUUCAGCAUUGGAGUGAGUUGUUAUCUGCUACAUCUGAUUGCUACUGGUAGAGAAGAGAUUCACAAGACGGUCGAGCUACGGAACGAUUUGGAGAAGUUUCUUGAAUGCAGGAAAGACGAACUGAGGCGAAAACAGCAAGAGUUUAUAGAGCUACGGAACGAUAUUGAGAGGUUCUUAGAAUCUCACAACUACGAACUGAGGCCAAAACAACAGCAAGUGUCCUCCUUUAUGCAUCAAGAGCAGAGUGAAACCUCUGCGUUUUCCACCACAAGUGACGUUGUUGAUGGUCCUGAAUCAUCUACUACUGAUCACUAUUUCUCUCCACAGUUCCUGGAGACGUCUCUGUCUGUUGGACGUGAAGGGUCUCUGAAACAUUACGUUUUUAAAGGUGGGGAAGAAGAUUUUGGCGGAGAAAUGGAUCAGCUUGAAGCAGAACUUGAAGCUGAGUUUGAACUUCUUCAGAUUGGUCAAGACCACGAGGGUACAAGUUCUUCUAACCUCAAGGAGGUUUCAGAGAAGAGUGGAGAUUCAGAAGGAAUAAGGUUCAGCAGACGCAUGUGUUCAGGAGCAAUGGAGGAACAACAGGGAGUGUGCCCGUACGAGCUGGAGAGAAGGCUACACGAGCUGAUGGAGACAAGACAAGUAGAAGAGAUCAAGGAGCUUGAGACUGCAUUGGAAGAUGCUAAACGAAGGCUUCAUGUCAAGGAAGCUGAAGCUUCUUGGUGGAAAGACACUGCUUUUAUAGUCUCUGAGCACAUUCCAGAACCUUCUAGAAUCAACUCCAACGCUCAAACUCGUCGCUACCCUCUCUCUAGAUGAGAGUUUUGGUAUUUUAAGUUUCAUUAGAAAAAUAAAAAAGGAGAUUCUGUAACUUUGUGAAGAAAGCUACUACAUGUUAAUUAAUGAAUUUGCCUUAUUAUUACAAUUAGUUUCAGUUUGCUUUAAAGCAGAGAUUUUUCAAAGAAACGUUAAAUUUCUUUGACAAUGCCGAUAUGAAG